AUGGACUGCUUAGAUGAUUGGGGAAUUAAGAAGGUAUUUACGGUAACAGUUGAUAAUGCAAAGAACAAUGACAAGGCUUUGGAUUCUUUUAAGGAUGUGUUACGGCUGAGAGGAGAAGAAUCAUUAGUUGUAGAUGGUGAGUAUUUACAUAUGCGUUGUUGUGCACAUAUCCUCAAUCUGAUUGUUGGAGAUGGUUUGAAGAAAGCAAAGCAUCAUGUUGUUGCUGUUAGGAACGCAGUGAAGUAUGUCCGAUCAUCCUUCACUAGGCUUAAAUCUUUUGCACUGAGGUGUGACACAGGAAAGUUGUGUAGAGGCAAUGUGCCAUUAGAUGUUGUCACACGCUGGAACUCAACAUAUCUGAUGUUGAAUUCUGCUUUGAAGUUAAGGGUGGCUUUUGAAAAGAUGGAAGCUGAGGAUAAGUUGUAUUGCGAUUACUUUGAAGAAGAGGAUGAGAAGACAAAGAUGAAACGAGUUGGGCCACCCACUUCUUCUGAAUGGGAGGAAAUAUCAAAGUUAGUGAAGUUCCUGAAGAUAUUUUACCGGUGUACUCUGACAUUCAAUGCUUCUAAUUCAGUUACUUCCUCUUUAUGUUACAAUGAAAUUGUUGACAUUGAGAGGAAUCUGAUGAGUAAGUGUACCAGUCGUGAUGAGGAUAUCAGAAAGCAAGCACAUGUCAUGAGAGAUAAGUUUGAGAAGUAUUGGGAUGGACUAAACAACAUGAACCCUUUAGUGAUUGUGGCCAGUGUAUUCGAUCCUCGAAACAAGAUGAAGUUUGCUUCCCUUUGCUUUGACCAGCUGUAUGGUAGGGACACCGUAGAGAGUAGGCACCUCAAUGCCAAAGUUUCAAGUGUACUCUCGAAAUUGUAUGAUCAUUACAGUUUCAAGCUGAGCAAACCAAAAGACAUCGAAGAUUUUACAGCUUCGCAAGUACGGCCUGAAAACUUUGAGAUUUCUGAUGAUGAAGAUGAUUGUGAGGGGAUGCUAGCAAUAUUUCAUAAGGUGGUUGGAUUGAGUAGUAGUGAUGAUAGCUGCAAUGAGUUACAAAUGUAUCUAACCGAGAAACAUGAGCCAAGAGUAGAAAACAAGUUGGGGAUGUCUUUCGAUGUACUCAGUUGGUGGAGGCGUAAUAGUUGUUAG